CCGAACACGUGCGUAUAGGAAAGGACCGUCAAGAUGGGAUUCGAUUUGCAGUGACCACUACAUCUGGGGAUUACGACAAUUAUAUCAGCCAACAGACAUGUUCACCAGUCUUGUGAUCUUCAGUUUCUUCCUGGUGUCUGCGUUGGAAGGGUCUGAUCCUAAAAAAUGUUGUAUGCCAGAUGAGUGGUUUUCAUAUCUCUCAGACCUGGUCCUCGUGACUAAAGGAAACCUGGUUGGCAAUACCUAUUCAUACAGUUACAAACUAAAAAAGGUUGCUGUGAGUAGUUUUGAAUUCGUGCCCAGUGGUGGCCCUUCCAAGCCGAUUGUACGCACAGUGUUUGAUUACACGCAGAAAAAGGUGUUUUACAUCAAACCAGAUGGAACCUGCACAAGUGGACCAAACACAGAUAAGAUUCAUCGGCCGUGUAUACCAGACGAUGCUACCUAUUUGGGCUCAAACUACUUCGGUUUCUUCCCUAUUCAGCUGCCUUUUCACGCGUGGAAGUUCCAGUACGUAGACUCUCCAAAAGCUAACAUCACCAUUGUGUUCACACAGGAAGGGUGUGUGCCAAUAGUGGAGGGAGUGUCCGGCAAGUUUAAUGGAGCUCACACUGAGGGCACGUUUGUGUUUUCUGGAUACGAGCCUGAAGUGAAAGACAAGUCAGUGUUCAAGGUGCCACCUGGCUGCUAGUUGGAAACACACCCAGCAUUUGAGAUUCAGUCCACCAUGACCCAUAUUGUUUUCUGAAUCGUCUUGGUACUUUGUAACUUGUAACUUGGCAGCUUAAUUAAAUAAUAUAGAACAGCAUAAUAAAUAAAGAGGUUUCUUUAUU